CAAGGAAGACAGAAGGAUGUCUGGCGAGUUGGAGGUGGUGCAGCUAGAGUGUGAGCUGUUUCCAGAGCGAGUGGUGUCGGCUGUGCGGUUUGUAGAGGUGACCAAUGCCGCCAGCAUCCGCAAGGAGGCCAUGAGCGGCAGUCUCGGUCAGCUGGCCGUCCUAGAUGGAAGCCUUGUCAUUGGUCCGACACAGCUGGCCAUUGCUACCAUGCGUGCACUGCUUGCAGACGCUUCAAACUCGCUCAUCACACACACCGUCCACUCGGAGAUCAUCUACGGGCUCUCACCAUCGUCCAGCAUCUCGGCGGCGUUCAAGAACCAUGGUGUGUCGAAAAAGUCCAAGUCGUUGGUCCUUGUUUGGGUUGACGGCGACGCAGAGGCGAUGAAGGAGGUGUGUGGCAAGGUGGCGGGCACGAUGGUCCCUGUGGGUGCUGACGAGCAUGAUUGGAUGCAGGUGGCGGAUAUGGCGGCAGUGGCUCGGGUUUAUGACAUCGGUGACUCGCUCGAUGCUCAUACAUCACACGACGAGAUCCUCCGCUUGGUGCUGGAGAAGAUGGCGCUGCGCGACGCAUGAUAGUGUGCACGCUGCGACGACGAGUCAGACAUGCAGGAGAGGCCAGGCCAGAAGCUAUGGAUGUGACUCUGUAAUGAAAGGACGGCUACGCUACGAUGACGAGUCCAAUCUACUUGAGGAUGAUGACGUGGAGCUCGAGGUGGACGACGACGACGACGACGACGACGAUGACAGGGCCGAGGUCGAGGUUGACGUUGCUGUGGAUGAGGCUGUGGCGACCGACGAAGCC